AUGGUUAACGAAGCAACUAUAAAAUCAUUUCAUUUUACAUUUUUAUCGGUUGAUAUUUCAAAUAAUAAAGAUCACAGUGAAUUAAUUACCUUAUUAGAUUUUCCAAGUACAUUCACUCCUGAAGAAUGGUCAUAUACAUUUUUUGAAGGAUUAGCAAGAUACGAUGCUGCUGAGUUUCAAAAUAAAAAUCUUGUUGAAUUAGGUUGUGGUAACGGUUGGAUAACCAUUACUAUGGCAAAAAAAUUUGGACCACAAAAAGUGUUUGGUUUAGAUAUUAAUCCACGAGCAAUAGUUUGUUCGAAAAUAAAUCUCUAUUUAAAUGCAUUAGAUGAUCAAGCCAAUGACGUUAAGGAUGAUUUGAAUGAAGAAAAUUUAAUUGAUAAAAUUGAAUUUUAUGAAUCAGAUCUACUUGAAUAUUUCAUUAAUAAAGAACCUUUUCAUUUCGAUGUCAUAUUUGGAUGUAUUCCACAAGUACUUCAUCCAGAAAAUUUUCCUACUCAUGAAAUAAUACAUGAACAUCAACAUGAUGAUUUAUUAUAUUCAUACAGUAAUUAUUGUGCCAAACAAGGUUACGUUGAAGAUUCUUUUGGCUUGGGAUUAAUAGCCAAGGCACUCGAACAAGGUAUUGAUUUGAUUAAACCCAGAGGAAAAUUAAUUUUCAAUAUGGGCGGUCGUCCUGGUAAAAAAAUGUUGGAAAGAUUGUUUGAGCGACGAGGGGUCGAUAUCAAGAAAAUAUGGCAGAGAAAAGUAAUACAGGCAAGUGACACAGAUAUUGCUCCUAUGAUAAAAAUAGAAGAACAAUCACCAAUUAGGUUUGAAUUUUAUAUGGGUUUGAAUUUUGAUGAGUCAAUAUCUGCUAAAACUGCAAAAUAUUAUGCAGAUGCUGGCGGACAAAUUUGUCAUUCAUUAACUGUUUAUGAAUGCACUUUCCAUAAUUUGGAUUUGUUAAGAAAUAUUUUCAGUUUAUUAAAAGAUGUUGAUUAUCAAGAAGCAUUGCAUGGAUUAGAUUUGUGUUUUAACGAUAAAAGCAUUGCUGAAGAAAAAAUUAAUUUUCUUUCAACUCUUACUCAAAAAUUGGACAAAAUGCUAUUUUUUCCGUAUGGCGAAACCAAAGGUGAAACAAUAUUUCGUAAACGAAUUGCUCAAUAUUUAAAUUCAUAUUAUCAUACAAGCUUUACACAUCAACAUUUGUUAAUUGCUCCAAAUUUAAGGUCGUUAAUUAGCAAUAUUGUUAAUGUUUAUUCAGCUUCAUUGAUUUUGGCUGAUACAGAUCAUGCCAAAGGUUUGAGAAAAUAUGAAUCCAAAAAUUUUAUAUUGCUUGAAGUUCCUCAAUCAUCUACUUUAUUAGAAGAAUUAAUUAUAAAAUUAAAACCUCAAUUGGUAUUUUUCAGUUUUAAUGAAUUACAAAGCAAGUCGGUCGAAUCUUUUAAAUCACUUAUUUCGGUCUCAGAACAAGAAGGAACACGUUUAUUUGUGGAUAUGUCAGCUUACUUCGAAGUAAGCAGUUCUCCUCAAAAUAAUGGUAUUCUAAAUUAUUUGUCAAAAAAUAAUCUUCCUAAUCAUGUUGCCAUCAUCUGUGGUUUGGUAAAAAAUAAGGUUUAUUCAGAUUUAGAAGAUUGUUUCUUAUUAACACAAAACGAAAACAUGAUUGAAACACUUGCUAAUAGUGCUGAACUUACAUACAGCAGAACACCGAUGGUUUCACAACUUUAUUAUUCGGAAUUAUUAUUUGAUUUAGUUAAAUUUCAAAUGGUAAACGUAAGAAAAAAUCAGAAACAUGCUGGUUUGUUUAAGGAAACUGUUGAUUUUAAACAAAAAUUCAUCAGGAUGAGAAAUAAUGUUUUGGAAUCGUUCAAUCAUCCAUGCAUUCAAAUCAAUGAACUUCCAAUAACAAAAAAUACGAUAAGAUUAGAUUAUGGUGAAAACGAAUUAGUUAGUCCAAAAUCGUUAAAAACUUCUAUUUUUGAAAGUUUUAUUCGACAAAACAUUACAAAUGAAGAAAUUGAUGUAUUACCUGAAAUUUCAACAUUAUUAAAAUCAAGAUUUGGUAUCAAUUUAAGUAAUGAAAUAAAAAUACAUUUUGGAACGGGAGUCGCUCCACUAUUUUCGGCAUUGGUACGAACAUGUAUAGAACAACAUGGAAUAUUGGUUUUUCCACAAGGUGCUUAUGGUUAUUUUUAUGCUACAGCAAUGUAUUAUAAUGCACCGAUAAAAAUUAUUUCAACUUCAGAAAAUAAUCAAUUUAAAAUAUCACCUUCCGAACUAUCACAAGUAAUUAACGACAGUGCAAAUUAUUGGAUUUUUUUAAAUUUUCCAUUGGUAAAUCCCACAGGCGCAAGAUAUGGAGCAUCUGAAAUUGAAGCCAUUUUAAGUGUUCCAGGAAUUUCGAAUGUCACUAUUAUAAUAGAUACUAUUUUUUCGGGUUUAGAAUUUGAAAAAUCUGCUGAAACAUAUCGAUUAGAUAAAUUAUUUGAUGACGGUAAAAUAAAAUAUGCUGUUCUAGGUGGAAUUUCAAAAGAAUUUGCUGGCGCUGGAUUACGUUUUGGAUAUUUGGUAACAAAAAAUGAACUGAUUUCUGACGGUAUAAACAAACAUAUGAUUACCCAGCCACACUCCACAAUGCUUUAUGCUUGCAAAAAGAUUUAUGGACUAUUAAAUAAACAAGAUUCAUUUUUACUCAAAACACUUGAAGAACAACGGUGCACAUUGAAAUCAAGAGCUGAUCGGCUAAGUAAAACGCUUACAGAAUGUGGUUGGAAAAUUUUGCCAUCCCAAGGUGGUUUAUUCAUGGUUGCUUCACCUGUUAGUUAUUUUAAUAAGGUUAUUGAAGUUUCAAGUUCAUCAGGAAAAUUCAGUUAUACUCUAAAUGGAAGCAAUAUUCACGAAGCAUUGUUUUAUGCAACAGGUCUAUUAAUAAAUAAUGAUAUAUGGACUGGAAUUAAAGGAUAUUGUCGAUUUGUGUUGAGUAAAACUGAAUAUUUAAAAUGUAAAUCAUUAUCUGAUUUCGAAGAAUUAGCUAAGAAAUCCAUGAUGCCACAUCGUUUUUAUUAUUAUGACUACAAAGCUGGUCAAGGACAUACAUAUCAAGCAUGUCGACACUAUUUUGAUAAACAGUUAAGAAUUAUGCCAAGAGUUUUGAUGGAUGUUAGUGAAAUUUCAUUAAAAACAACUAUAUUUGGAUCGAUAUAUGAAUCACCAAUCCUAAUUGCUACGUCUGCUUGUCAUUGUCUUGCUCAUGUUGAUGGUGAAGUUGCCACAGCUCGCGCCGCAACUGAAGCUCAAUGUAUUUUUACGUACAAUUGGACGUUUUCAAAUAUGCCAGAAGAAGAAGUUCUACAAACACUGGGUCCAAAAUUUUUACAUAUUUAUCUGACAACACCUAUAGAAAUCUUAGAACAAAUAGUUCCACAAGCUGAUAAAAAAGGAUAUCGAGCAAUUGUUAUUACAUGUGAUCAACCACAUGAACGUAUUCGAGAUUUUGUAUUACCGUUAUUUGAAGAAGCAUCAAAGAAUAUCGAUCCAGAAUUAAUGAAGAGUAUGUCAAUACCAAAUUUGAAUAUACCUGGUAUAAUCGUUAAGCAGCGUUUUGGCACCGGUUCAGUAACAUGGGCAAAUAUUGAAUGGUUAAGAAAAUUGACACAGUUACCAAUUAUUUGCAAAGGUAUACUCUCACCGAUUGAUGCAGAAUUAGCAAUUAAAUAUGGAGCAAAUGGAAUUAUUGUCAGUAACCAUGGUGGUCGACUAAUUGAUACAGCACCACCAGCUAUUGAAUGUCUAGAAGAUGUCAUCAAUGUUGUGGAUGGACGUGCAGAAGUAUUUGUUGAUACUGGCAUUCGAAGUGGAACUGAUGUGUUAAAAGCAUUAGCAUUGGGCGCACGAGCUGUUUUUAUCGGUCGGCCGAUUUUAUAUGGAUUGGCUAGUGGUGGACAAGAUGGUGUUCGAAGAGUAUUAGAUAUAUUAAAACGUGAAUUAGUUUAUGAUAUGGCUUGUUGUGGAUUAACAUCGAUUGAUCAAAUUAAUAAAGAGAUUCUUUAUAAACAUUAA